AUGUCCAGCGUGAAGUACCGAGAGAACCAGGAAGGGGGGGAUAUAACAGGGAAGCCAGGGAGCCAGGAAGGGGAGGAUAUAACAGGGAAGCGAGGGAACCAGGAAGGGGAGGAUAUAAUAGGGAAGCAAGGGAGCCGGGAAGGGGGGGAUAUAAUAGGGAAGCAAGGGGAAGAGGAGGAUAUAACAAGGAAUGAUUAUCUGGGACGAAUACUUGAAUACCAAAUCCCGUUUGGAGGUGCCCGUAACUUGAGUUUUCCCUGUGUUGUAUCAGAUAAUAUACAUCACAUUCUAUCGGGCCUGACCGUGACUAUCGCCGGCCACGCAGUGUCCGCAAGAAUAGGAGGUGGAGUAUCCCAGUCGCCCAGAACAUGUAAGAUGCAUUCAGCCCCUGUUGUUCUGGUAUCCGUCGCAAUGAUGCUGAGCGUCGUCGGAGCUAAUGCCUCACCGAUUGGUGAUGCCUCCAUCGAGAAUCUCGGGCGUGGAAUUGGUGUAGAAGCAAGGAUAGGGUGUACCGUCAAGACAUGCACUGUGCAGUGA